AUGAAUCCCGUGAAAGACGAUUGCUUUGACCCGACGCAAUGCUAUUACAUACCCCAUCAUGCGGUAACCGGUAAAUUUCGUGUGGUAUUCAACACGUCCUGCAAAACCACAAGUGGAGUGUCAUUGAACGAUAUUCUUCAUCGGUUUCGACGUUAUCGAAUAGCUAUAACAGCCGAUGUCAAGAAGAUGUUUCGACAGGUUGAGAUCAACCCCUUGCAACGCAUCUUGUGGCGGGAGUCACCAGUCGAACCACUACGUAGCUUCGAGUUGGCAACAGUAACGUAUGGAAUGACAAGCAGUCCAUACAAUGCGAUUCGCUCCUUACGCCAAUAUGCUGUAGAUAACUGCAACAUUGUGGAGGACGAAAACCGGGUUUCUACGGCAAGGAACAGUAUCCUUGAUGGAUUUUACGUCGACGACUAUUUGGAAAGUUUUGACUCUCUGUUGGAAGCUGUUAGUUGUGCUCAUGAUGUCAAUACGAUCCUUCGUCAAGGUCACUUCAUUCUCGACAAAUGGAAUUCGAACUGCGCCAAAGCACUUCAUGCUAUCACCGAUCCAGAGAAAUCUGAAGUUGAAAUUGAAUUAUGCGAUUCCAACGCCACUGUGUUAGGCUUACAUUGGAAUCCGUUGAGCGAUGAGCUGUUUUUUAAGGUGAGAAUUGAGGACUCACAUACACUACCAACAAAGCGUAGUAUCUUAAGUGACGUUGCAAGGCUGUAUGACCCGAUUGGUAUACUAGCGCCAGCUGUAGUUCUGGCCAAAAUGUUCAUUCAAACCCUGUGGAGGAAGGAUCUUAACUGGGACACUCCAAUACCUGUGGAAUUACAAGACCAGUGGCUCAAAUUUCGAAAUGGUCUUGAAGAACUAGCGCGAAUCCGUGUACAGCGUUGGUUAGGCAUGUCACCUCAUGCAUUUUGUACACUUCAUGGCUUCUGUGACGCUAGUUCGAAGGCGUAUGCUGCGGUGAUCUACGUGAAUAGUGGCGCACAAGGAGAUUAUUCCAAUAUGACACUUGUUACUGCAAAAACCAAGGUGGCACCUGUGAAAGAGAUUACUAUACCACGCUUGGAACUUUGUGCUGCCCACCUGCUGGUAUUCACUCUACGUCAUGUUCAAAAGGCGCUCCGCUUAGACAACGUCCCUUACACACUCUGGAGUGAUUCAACUAUCGUUUUACAUUGGAUUCAUAAACAACCUUCAGUUUUGAAACAGUUCGGCGGUAAUCGAGUUGCAUACAUCCAGGCCCACACCAAGGAUGAUCACCAAUGUCUUAUGACUUCUUCGAAUGGUCACCGAAUCCCCCUCAUUGAGAAAUUUAGCAUACUUAGUCGUGUUCUCAAUACAACAGCGCGAUUAAGACGUUUUCUGCCACGUUACAAGGGUCAGAGGUCGAAUAUUGUGACAGCAGAAGAAUACGAAUGGGCUCUGCUUCUAACUGUUAAACAAGCUCAAGGUAAGGCAUAUAGACGAGAAAUUAAUGCUCUGAAAUCGAAUUCCAGGUUAGACAGUCGAAAUCACCUAUUAGCCCUAAAUCCAUAUGUGGAUCUUGAAAGCAUUUUGCGAGUCGGCGGGCGUCUCCGAAAUGCAGAAAUAUCUAAUGAACAACGACAUCCAAUGAUUAUUCCCAAAGGAUCAUUUGCUAACUUAUUGAUUGCUGAUUCCCAUAGACGAUGUCUUCAUGGUGGCAUCCAGCAGAUGUUACAGUACCUGCGACGACGGUUUUGGAUAAUUCACGCGCGCUCGCAAGUGAAGGCGUACAUAUGGAAAUGUACCGUGUGUCGGAGACAUCAACGUAUUCUCCAGAAUCAACAAAUGGCUUCGUUACCCCGUGAACGGGUACUUGUGGCUCCAGUUUUUUCAAACAGCGGCCUAGAUUAUUGUGGUCCGUUCCAUGUCCGCAUUGGUAGUAGAAGAUCAACUACAACAUCUAAGACAUAUGCUGCUAUAUUCGUCUGUAUGGCCUCACGAGCAGUCCAUAUAGAACUUGCUGAGGAUUUGAGUACGAGAUCCUUCAUAGACGUUUACGACCGAUUUAUUAGUCGGCGCGGUAUUUGUGCCAAGCUCUUCAGCGACAACGGUACCCAGUUUGUGGGCGCUGAUAAACAGAUGCGUGAAGAUGUGAAGGAAUGGGUAUCCUCAUACGCGCAACAGCACGUUGCUUAUGUUGGUACUCAAUGGAAGUUCAUUACCCCCGCUGCGCCACAUCAUGGUGGCAUCUGA